AUGGCUAUAGCCAUGGCCUGGCAUAAACCCGACAAUGUCGCCGGUUCUUCAGCGCCUGCCAUCAUGGUAGGAUUGUUCGUCGCAACCGGAGGACUGCUGUUCGGCUACGAUACUGGCACCAUUUCUGGAAUACUAGCAAUGAAAGCGUUUCGUAAAGAAUUUACUACAGGUUACUUAGACCCCAAUGAUAAAAUGGGCAACAUAUCGCCAGCACAAUCAGCCCAGGUUGUAGCGAUAUUGAGUGCCGGCACAUUCUUUGGAGCACUAUUGGCAGCCCCUUUGGGUGACAAGCUGGGAAGAAGGAUAUCACUCAUAAUUGCUGUCGCUAUCUUCUCGCUAGGCGUCUUGCUUCAGACGGUCGCGAUGGCCUUGCCGGUACUGGUGAGUGGCAGAUUCUUCGCUGGACUCGGUGUGGGCAUCAUAUCCGUUCUUGUUCCUCUUUAUCAAUCUGAGAUGGCUCCAAAAUGGAUACGAGGAACCUUGGUUUGCGCUUACCAGUUCGCCAUCACUAUUGGUCUGUUUCUUGCGGCUGUAGUGAACUUCAUAACCAAGGGAAUCGAUGGCCCAAGUGCUUUCCGGAUACCGCUCGCAAUGCAAUUCGUCUGGGCUGGCGUUCUUCUCCUCGGACUGAUGCUGUUGCCAGAGACUCCUCGCUAUCUAAUCAAGCGCGGAAAUCAUGGUGCUGCUGCUUCAUCGCUGAGUCGCCUUCGUCGUCUAGACAUCACCCACCCAGCCUUGAUCGAGGAACUAGCAGAAAUCGAAGCGAACCAUGAAUACGAAUUGAGCCUUGGAGCGUCUACAUAUCGCGAUGUUUUUCUUGGAUCGCCUCAUCUGGGACGGCGUCUACUCACUGGAUGUGGCCUCCAGAUGCUUCAACAACUCUCCGGAUGUAAUUUCAUAUUCUACUAUGGAACAACAUUCUUUACGAACAUUGGCAUCUCGUCACCCUUCGUCAUCGCGUUAAUUACUAACAUUGUCAAUGUUGCUUCGACAGUUCCUGGCAUGAUUCUCGUGGAGUCCAUCGGUCGGCGACGGCUGCUAAUGAUUGGAGCUGGAGGUAUGGCUCUUUGCCAACUAGUCGUCGGGACUGUUGGAUCAAUCGAAGCGGCACAGACUAGCGCUCAUAUCAUACUCAUUGUCUUUGUGUGCUUCUACAUUUUCUUCUUCGCUUCGUCAUGGGGACCAGUCGUUUGGGUCGUGACUUCGGAAAUUUAUCCAUUGAAAGUCCGAGCAAAGGCGAUGUCUUUAUCAACAGCCUCCAAUUGGCUUCUCAAUUUUGCAAUCGCCUACGGCACACCAUAUCUUGUCAAUACUGGAACGAAUCUUGCGAAUUUACAAGCCAAGAUCUUCUUCCUUUGGGGAUUUUUCUGUGUUGUAUCGCUUGUGUUCGUUUGGGGCAUGGUAUAUGAAACCAGCAAGAUUAGUCUCGAGCAAAUUGACGAAUUGUACGAAAGAGUCGAUAAAGCAUGGCAUAGCAAGUCCUUCCAGCCAAGUUGGAGCUUCCAGGAAAUGCGAGACGAAGGAGCGUCUUCCAGUGGCGUGCAACUCACCGACCAGGACCUAGCUCGACAGCGGACAGGGACAAGUGCCAGUCAACAGAGCUCAACCUCAACGUCGGAAGAAGACAAAAUUAUUGCGCAAUUAGGAGAUGUCGAUUUGAGUUAUUAA